AUGCCGGAAGUGAAUGCCCCAGUGAUCGAGGUGUGUCAGAGGGCAGGUGACCCAUUCAUGAGGCCUCUUCUCAUCCUCUCCAGUGAACCUUUGGUUCACUGGAUAGUCACCUCACCCCCGAGUUGUUUGACUGGCGUAGUCACUCCCGGGACCUUGAAGUUGCCGGAAGUGAUUGCCUCAGUGAUCGAGAUGUGUCAGAGGGCAGGUGACCCUUUCAUGAGUUCUCAUCUUAUCCUCGUUCACUGGGGUAGUCACUCCCGGUAUGUCAAAGUUGCCGGAGGUGACUACCUCACCAAUCGUGUGAAGAUUCGGUCGACUGGGGUGGUUACUCCCGGGAUCUUGAGGAUGCCGGAAGUGAUUAUCGGAGGGUUGGAGAACUUCUGGGAACUUGUGUUUGGCGGUAGUGUAAUCAACUCGUCAUCCUCAUCUAUGCCUCUACCUCUUGCCGACUAUGUCUCUUCUACCUCUUGGCCGACUUCCUCUCAAUUAACCUCUGACUCGACUUCGUCUCAUGAUGGUUUCCCUCUGGGAUCCUCUUCAGAAUUGGUUUCCAUUUCCGGGAACGUUCAGUUCCCGGAAGUGGUUUGA